AUGAGGGAUUACAAAUUGGUUGUUUUGGGUGCAGGUGGUGUCGGAAAGUCUUGCUUAACGGUACAGUUUGUUCAAGGAGAAUAUUUGGAUACUUAUGAUCCGACCAUUGAGGAUUCAUAUAGGAAAACGAUGGAGAUUGAUGACAAGACAUUCGAUUUGGAGAUCUUAGAUACGGCAGGUGUAGCGCAAUUUACUGCAAUGAGGGAAUUGUAUAUCAAAUCUGGCAUGGGAUUUUUAUUAGUAUAUUCUGUAACCGACCGUCAGUCUUUGGACGAAUUGAUGGAGCUAAGAGAACAAAUCUUGCGAAUUAAAGAUUCAAAGCGUGUUCCAAUGGUUCUAGUUGGAAACAAGGCCGACCUACACCAUGAACGCAUUAUUUCUGUUGAUGAAGGCAUUGAGGUUAGUAGUGAUUGGGGGAAAGUUCCGUUUUAUGAGACAAGCGCGUUGCUUAAAAGUAAUGUUGAUGAGGUGUUUAUUGACUUAGUGAGACAAAUAAUGAGGGCGGAAAUAGAAUCACAUGAGGCUCAAAUGAACUCGAACGCUGCAGUUGGUAAUGGUGUUCAACAUGGAGGUCGCGUUGGUGGCGGUAAAGUUAAUAUGGGAUUGAACGGUGCAGGAAUUAACCACAGUAGGUCAGGAAGUUCUAAUAUCGAUAAUGGAGCUGAUCAAUUAACGAGAACUCCUGAUAAAAAGCUAAUGCUAAAGUCACCUUAUCGCACCCGAACAAAGGCCAGGAAUGCUAAAAGAAAGAGUUCAUGUGUUACCCUAUAA